GAAUACAAUUCGAAAUCUUAAAAGUAUAUAUUGUACAAAAUGUCGAACCAUAUGGAAAAUGUGAGGGCAGCUAUUGAUGCAGCAGUCAAAGUGGUGCAAACUUACAAAUGGCUUUUGGAUUUGUAUGUUUUGGAUUUUUUCGUUGAUAAUCAUUGGGGCAUGUUACCUCAAUCUUGGCGAGACAGUUUUCACGAUAUAGACCCACAGACUUUGGGAUACAUGCUUCAGGAUCAUCCCACAAAGCACUUGUUCCCUUUAUCUUUUUUAGCUCUUGUAAAAUUUGUUAAAAGCAUGAGUUUGCCAAGGAAGAGCAGUUAUGAGUGUUCCAGUAAAAAUAUGGAUAUUGUAAAUAAUCAGAAAUUGAGAAAUAUGUUUUUAAAACAUGUGAAAUUGAAGAAACGCCAUGAAAUCAGUUUGAUGGCAAAUGUUGUGAAUGAUGUGGCCAUAACCAGUGGCUGUGAUGCUGUUAUAGAUUUUGGAUCAGGCUUGGGACACUUGGUACGAAUGCUGUCAUACAAUUAUGGUCUGAAAACUGUUGGAAUAGAAUGUCAAAGCCAAUUGACUGAUGAAGCUAGGAAACUUGACUUGGAAUUGGAGUACACAGCGAAGAAAUAUGUCAAUAUUGACAACAUAACCAAUUUUCCAAGACCCAUUCAUUGUAAUGAGACACUCUCCAGUGCUGAUCAGCUUGAAACUCUCUCAUUGAAAGAGACAAUUCACAAUCAUGGUCUUAUAGGCCUGCACCCCUGUGGCAAUCUGGGGCCUUUAUUAUUAAAAUACUUUGUACAAUGCAACAGAGCUCAAUUUAUCUGCCUUGUUGGUUGUUGUUAUAUGAAACUUAGUAGCGAUGGCUAUCCUAUGAGCAAAUAUUUGAUGGGACGGGAUUAUGAACUAUCAUAUGCGAGUAGAGAGAUUGCAUGUCACGCUAUUGAAGCAUAUUGUGAGAAGCUUUGUAAAGGAGAUUAUAAUGAUUUAAAAGUACAUGCAUUCCGAGCAGCUCUUGAAAGGGUCUUGGUGGAACAUGAUCCAAAACUGCGCCAUUCACCCAUCAGGAGCGUUAAACAUACAGACAACAUGACUUUUGAAAGCUACAGCAAAAUAGCACUGGGUAGAUUAUCAGUACCAACGAUGGACACCUCGAAGAGCACAGCCGACCUCGCCCAAUGGAAACGCGUUGUGGUGCUGUACACGCUGCGACUUGUGUUAGCUCCCCUUGUGGAAACUGUGAUAUUGCUGGACAGAUUGUAUUAUAUGAUGGAGAACGGUAUUCACUGCGAAGUACAUCCGGUAUUUGAUCCUAAUAUUUCUCCAAGGAACCACGUCAUGAUCGGCAGAAAAAACGUCGUGUGAUUAAAAAUAAAUGCAUACAAUUAUA